CUAGGUUCAGACUUAGUUCGAGCUAAGGUUGGAAGAUAGUAUUGCGAGCAAGAGAUGCCAGACCGGUAUAUAAGCCUGAGCCUUAGGAGUAACGACACACUCACUGUGACACGCUUUGCUCACUGGCCAUUGGUACGUGGUUUUUCUUGAUGAUCGUUUCGCGUAGUUUUCGCGCUAGUUUCGAUAGCUUUCAGCGGAACGUGAUGGCGGGGGAAAUUGCUUUAAAAUCCCUAGUAAAUCGUAUUUAGCCCGACUCAGAGAAGUUGUCCGUCAGUCCUGGGACGAAGUGGAUUAAGAAGAUAACGUAUGGAUAUUUCUCAGUCGUUAUUCUGACCUCCCGGGAUGGUAUUAUAAACAGUUUACUAACGCAAUUAACCGUGGAGGGACGACAAGCCAAUCGAUUUAUUUGGUAUGCCACCAAAGAAAAAGGGUGCGGCGGACCGUCAGGACUCAUUGGCCACUGAGGAAAAGGAGAAGAAUGCUCAGGUUCAGCUUGAGAAGGCCAAGUAUAAGCCUGUUGCAUUUGCAGUGCGUACAAACUACACAUACACUCCCGCCGAUGAUGACAACGUUCCUAUACCAGGACAUGGAGUUUCCUUUGAGGCUAAAGACUUCCUGCAUGUCAAAGAAAAAUUUAAUAAUGACUGGUGGAUUGGCCGGCCAGUAAAAGAGGGAGGGGAGGUGGGCUUCAUCCCGAGCCCAGUCAACCUGGAGACCAUUCUCAUCAGGAGAGAGGUGCACGCCAGGAAGGCAGCCAAAGCUCUAGCCAACAAAGCAGCUAGUGCUGCCAAAGAUGAUAUGAACUCGAAGAAAAUCACACCUCCUACAACAGUUCAGCAAGUAAAGAAGAAAUCGGGGGAGCUUUUAGCAGCAUAUGAUGUAGUGCCUUCUAUGCGUCCUGUUGUUCUGAUGGGACCUUCUCUCAAGGGCUAUGAGGUUACUGACAUGAUGCAAAAGGCUCUCUUUGAUUUUUUAAAACACAGAUUUGAAGGCAGAAUUACCAUUACUCGGGUUACGGCAGAUAUCGCCCUUGCUAAACGGUCAAUUCUGAACAAUCCCAACAAACAUGCUAUAAUAGACCGCUCCAACACACGCUCCAGUCUAGAUACUGCUGCUCAGAUCCAGGGUGAGGUAGAGAGGAUCUUUGAGCUUGCUCGAAGUCUGCAGCUGGUGAUUCUAGAUGCAGAUACUAUAAACCACCCCAUCCAGCUCAGCAAGACCUCCCUGGCCCCCAUUCUUGUCUACGUCAAAAUCUCCUCCCCCAAGGUUCUCACCAGGUUGAUAAAGACCAGGGGAAAGACUCAGACCAAACAUCUCAAUGUUCAGAUGGUGGCUGCAGAUAAACUUGCCCAGUGCCCUAAUGAAAUGUUUGAUGUUAUCUUAGAUGAGAACCAGCUUUCAGAUGCCUGUGAACACAUAGCUGAAUUCCUGGAGGCUUACUGGAGGGCCACCCAUCCCCCAGAAAUGGAGCCAGCCAAGCCGCUGAUGGAGAACCUGGCAGAGAACACACACCCCACCAGCUCCACACCUGCUAAGGAUGAACCACAAAGCAAGAAGCCACUGGCUAACAAAAGGAAAGAAUCUCAGGAGAGUCAGGGGAAGCAGCUGCCUCGGGAUGAAGAGCAGAGAGAAGAUGAGGAGGGGAGGGAGGAAGAGGCAGUGGAGGAUGAGAGGCUCCUGGGGAAUGAGCCAAAGAGACCACAGCAUAGCCAACACCAUCAUCACCACCACCAACACCACCAUCACCACCACCGCCGGCAUUUCAAUAUGAACCGCAUCGAGUACUACAACCACCAACCUUCCCACCUGCCAUCUACACACAUGGAGCUGAUGCCCAGUAAGGACUCUGUGUACACAGAGCCUCGGCGCCAGCGCCUACCACUGGACAAGAACAAACUGGACCAAACUAAAAUGUACCACAACAGGACUACAAUCCACAGACCCAACAACAACCAGCACCAUAACUACCACCAUCGCCAUCAUCAUCAUCACCGUGAGACCCCAGACAUCCACAGUGAUCUCUCCCCUCGUGGACAGGAUUAUGAGCUGAAGCACAACAAGCACACCAGGCAAAACAGACACCAAGGCCAACUACAGUCCCACCAGGAACAACUGAUAAGGUCGCUACGCUUCCACCAUGAACAUCUGCCCCUCUCUCACCACCACAAACUGCCACUACAGACACAGCAUGUACAGCACUAUACACUCCCUCAUAACCACUACCACUGCCCUGGUCGAGAGCAGGACCGAGACAGGAACUGGGAGAAGGACAGAGACAGAUGUGUACAGACUGGGACCUGGACCGCCGAUAUAUACGUUCGCCACUAAAUGAUGAUUUGCACUGUGUUACUUCUGAUAAGUGAAAUGUAGGUGUAAUGCCAAUACCUAUACUGUUGCCAUGCACAAAACAUUACAAAUUAGAUUUACUUAAGCCUUUCUACACAGUUAGGUGCAAUAAGUAAAUUACUUGAAAAACUACGUAUUUCAAAUAAGAUAAAAAAUAUCUGAUUUAUAUUGCUCUUAAUAGUCUUUUACAUGGUAUAGUUUAUUUUCUUUCCAGAAAGUUUUUAAUUAGUUUAUUACUAGGAUAAUAGUUCUUGGCAGAAUCUUUAGUUGGCAAAAGCCUGAAAAAAGAAUCUUCAAGAGGUGGCUAACAUUUUGAAUGAAAUAUUUUGGGGCAUUUCUGUGUUGGAUGUUGUUACAAAAAUAGCCAAACUUGGUGGUAAAGAAUUCUAAUUGUUCAUUUUUAAAUAUUUUGUUAUUUCUCUUGGCGCAUAAAAUGAAAAACAAUUCUGAAAUUUGUUCAAAUUAUUUUUGUUAACAUUCAAAUUUAAGCUAGCUGGUUGCUAAACCACAUUCAAAAAUGUUUAGAAGGGGUUACUAAAAUUAUAUUUUGAAUGUGAAAUCUUGGAAACCUAUUUAUUUUUAAUGUUAAUGUUUAUCAUGUAAUACAUUUUAAUAUAUACUUGGUGGAUACGAUCAUCAAAGCCUUACAUACACUUUCUAAAUCAGAAUGCUAUGCAAAGAAGAAUGUGAGCAGGACACUUUGGGACUCAUCUCAGUAUUAUUGCAUUGCUACACAGGUUAUGCUAAACCCAGAAAAAAUUUGAUCACCACCACAUCUAGAACUAGUGAACAUUGUUUUAUAGCAAGCAUAUUCAUUUAUAAAUGCUCACAAUAUAAUGUAAUUAUAAGUGCUGUAUAUAGGGCUACAUUGUCUUUAUCUGGCUAAUUUGUUGUAAAGCCUGUUUAUCUUUACAGCGGUAUUUGUGCAUUUUUGCGUUUCUUCUUUUGUGACUCUGGUGUUAACUGUCAUUUACCAAUGUGCACUGCCUGGCUUAAAUGAGGUGUUUUUCUACCACAGCUUGGAUAAUUUUGUCCAUAUCUAGUUCUGAGCAGUAAAUCCAGUAAACUAGGUGACACAUUUACAAAUUUCUAACUGCUCCUGUGUGUAGCAUUAUUUUGUAUGUAUGUUACAUCAUGUCUAUCACUACUAUGCAGUAAAAAACACACAAGCAAACAUAAGCAACAACAACAACAAAACCCAAACCUGGGGGGUAUUCCAGAAAGUGGGUUUAGCAACUAACCCGGAUCUGUUAAAUGUGUGUUAACUCUGAGUUUCCAUUCCAAAAACUGUGCUCAGAAUAAGUGUAGAUUAAUUGCUAUGGCAACAUACACUGUGAAGCUAACCUGCUAUAUAGCAGGUUUACUAGAGCUAAACCAGUUAAGUGUCAGAACAUCGGCUGAAUCCGGAACGUUCCUAUUUAUUUAAAUUUUAAUGAAUGAAUGUUGUGACUCAAAUUAUUGAUUACAAUGAGUAAUGAUAUCAAAUUAUGACAAGUAAUUAGACCUUUUUUUGAUGAUGUUUACCACUAACAUACCGAUUCAACCCAAUCAAUCUUUUGAAUAUUCUACACCAUAGCAUUUCACAUCAGCACGGUGGAUUCGCCCUUGAUUUAAUUACAAACUGUAUGCAAUUCUAUUCUAUUUAUUUGUAAUUGUUUUUUAUGUCAUUAUUUUUCUUUGAAAAGAGGUCAGUGAAUAUUACUCUAGGGAGGUUUGCCUUGCCACUGUCGCCCUUGGCUUGCUCACUGUGGGCUUGGAGUCAAACAUGUAUAAAGCUGCUGUGGCGAUCGCUGUUGUAAAAAGUGCUAUAGAAAUAAAUUUGACAAUUUGACAUAACGUAGGGUAUGUCCUUUUGA